GAGCUGUCAGUGCGCGCGAGAUUAGACCUCCGCGGCGCAGAGGCUCCUCCAGAGGCUCCAGCAGCGGAUGAGACUGAACCCCGACGGACAGCGCACAAAAACCGUGGAAGAAACAAUUUAGCGAUGUGUCCGAACCGAAGGAAACCGAGUUAGGGGCCGGCCGAACCCCGCUGGAUGAUAACUUCGAAACUUUUCCGUAGGAGCGUGUUUGUAGCGUUCAUUUGGGAGGAUAAGCCGCGGAAGGACAGGUGUCACCCCCUCUCCAUCCUCCGCUAGCCAUCUCAGAGUUAGUUUACCGCUUUGUAGCUUUUGUGAGACUUUUUGGAGCAAUGUUGUGGACGACGUGGCUAGUCCUGUUGCUCUGUUGGGGGGGUGCACAUGGCGAGGAGGAGCAGGCGGACCAGGAGAGCGCCACACCGGGACUUUUGCUUCUGGACUCGCACCGACAGCGCUCCUCUUCGCCGGUGCAGCCGCUGGACUUUGGGUUUGUACCGGCAGCUGUGUAUGAUACCCAUGCGUACUAUGAGCCUGGCGCCAUUGGACUCCUCUUCCACACGGUCCAUGCGUUUCUAUACGCCGUCCAACCUAACAACUUCCCCUCAGAUCUUAUUGUGAAAGUUAUACAGCAAAAUAUGGGAGGCAUCAAAUUAGAAGAAUGGAGAAAGCCAGAAAACGUCGUCUUGUUACUACAGUGGAUCUACUAUGAAGCAGGGUUCCUGAUAUGUACGGUCAUUGGCCUCCUGUUCGUGGUGCUCAUCCCCAUCAUUGGCACCUGUUUCUGUGUGUGCCGCUGCUGUGAGAACUGUGGAGGCGAGAUGCACCAAAGGCAGAGGAAGAACGCAGACUGUCAGCGAGGAGUCUACACCGCCUCUCUGAUUGCAACCUCCAUCUUCAUCGUUUUGGGGGUCCUGAUAUCCUAUGCUGCCAACCACAACGUCAGUGCUCAGGUUAAGAGCACUCGUCGCUUUAUCAACACUAAUCUGAGAGACUUGAAGACACUGGCCAACAACACCCCUUCGCAAAUUGAAUACUUGACAGCCCAGUACACCACGGCGAAGAACAAAGUGCUUUCAGAUUUGGAUAACAUUGGACCUUUGUUGGGGGGAAGGAUCCAGAAUCAGCUUGAAAAGGACGUGGUACCGUCACUGGACACAGCUUUGCGCAUGGCUGGAGCCAUGCGUGAAACCAAAGAGUCACUGGAGAGUGUGGGCUCGUCUCUGGAGGUGCUUCAGGAGGGAACAUCCAAACUCCAGAAUAGCCUGUCAGGAGAGCGAGCGUCUCUGUCCAACACUCUGUCUGACCCGGCCUGCACCAACGGAGCCGUGUCCCCCACGUGUAACGCCAUCCGCUCCACGCUAGCCCAACUGGGGGUCAGCGCCGACUUCACCAAGCUUCCAGAUGUCAACCAUGCCUUGGAAAAUGUCAAUAAUGUCCUAAAAACAGACCUCAGCAACAUUUUACAAAAGGGUUACUCGUCUUUUAAUGACACUCCCAAACUGGUUAAAGAGCAAACUAGAAAUAUUGUUGCAGGAGUGAAAGGAAUGUUGGAUAAGACUGGCUCAGAGAUCACCAACUUUGCCAAGAUGUUCCCAAUAGAAGCCUCUUUAGUCAAUUUCACCAUUUUCCUCAGUCAAGGCCAGAAGAAUAUUGAAGCAUAUUACCCACAGAUAGACCAGAUGGACUUUUACAGGUGGAUUGGCUGUGUGGUGGUCCUCUGCAUGGUGGUCCUGGUCCUGGCAUUCAAUCUCCUGGGUCUGCUGUGUGGUACUUGUGGUUAUGACAAACAGGCCACGCCCACCACCCGUGGAUGUCUAUCUAAUACUGGGGGCAACCUACUCAUGGCUGGGGUGGGCUUCUCCUUCCUCUUUUCCUGGGUGCUUAUGGCCCUGGUAACAACGCUGUUUAUUGUCGGUGGCAACGUGGAAAAGAUGAUGUGUGAGCCUUUGGCCAACAGGCAGAUAUUCAAGAUCAUCGACACUCCAUUCCUGGUUCAUCCUGCAAAGAGGAACUUCCUCCCAGGGAUGCUCUUCCAAAAUCCAAAUAUAGACUUGACCAUUGGAAGCAUGUAUAGAGAAUGCUAUGAAAACAAUGGCCUGUACCACGCUCUGCAACUAGAAACAUUGUUCAAUGUCAACUCCUUCCUCAACAGAACUGUGUACAACAAGGACCUCUCAAAAAUCUUGGAAGGGGUUCAGGUGGAUCUGCGAGACAUCUCACUGCUGGAGCAGGCUGGCAGAGACAGCCUCAUCAACUUUGCCAACUCCGGACUUGGACACAUCGACUACCAGGCGUACCUGACUGAGCUAAACAAUGGGGUCACUCUUGUGGAUCUGCUAUCAUUUUCUGCAGACCUAGAAGCUCAGGCUGACAAUCUGCCACGUGGUGCACUAGAAAAUGCACUGAAAGGCCAUGCCAGCAGUAUCCGACAAAUACACAGAGAGCAGGUCCUUCCACUGGAGCAAGCCAUGAGUACAAUGAGUCAGAGUAUCAAACAGCUGCAGAAGACGUCCACAGAGCUUCCUGUAAAAGUCAACAAUAUCCUGAGUGCUAUUGACGCAGCAGAGUACCUGAUUACACACAACGCCUCCCAUGUAGUCAAACAGGAAACAAAAGCCUACACAGAAAGUCUCAUAGGAUACUUCAAACAGUACACAAACUGGGUGAAAAACUCUCUGACUGCAGAGGUGGCGCAGUGUAAGCCCAUCAGUAACAUUGUGGACAGUCUGGAGAUAGUAACCUGCAGCUUCAUCAUCGACUCCGUGAACACAUUCUGGUUUGGUUUGGGAGGCUGCUGUAUCUUGCUUAUCCCCAGUAUUAUCUUCUCUGUGAAACUGGCCAAAUACUACAGAAGGAUGGACACAGAAGAUGUCUUUGAAGACUGCUCCCCUUAUUUUGACACUCUGAGCCGGUUCCCUCGCGCCUCUGCUCCACCUUGUUACCCUGACUGGUGAUGCAAAGGAACAUUCUUCUCCAGCAGGAAGUGGCCAGGAAAAUUGGAAUUGAAUAUGAAUUACAGAAAUGACAAAAGGGAAGACUGUAUUGAAAAUUGUGGCGGCAUCUUGAUCUCCACUGAUUCUUCAAGCCAUUUGACAAAAACUUGUGAUACCAGCCAACUGUUUUUAACCAAAUGUUAUCUUUACACAACAAUAGUAGUCUUUUUCGUGUCAGUUGUACAUUAUGAACAGAGCAUUGUGUCUCUGUGUGGAUAGAUGUUUCUGUUGUAACUACAUCAGUUGAACUUGCAAAAACAAUGUAUAUUUUUUAUGCUUUCAGUUUUUGAAAGUUUUAUAUAUUUUGUCAAUAUAUGUUUUUUUUAAGUAAGUUUUUAGUUAUAGUUACUUUUCAUUGUUGUCUAUUGACUGUUAUCCACAUCCUUCCUGUAGUUUAGGACAAUUAUGUGUUACAUUGACCAGGUAGCCAUUUGAUACAUUGUAAAAGAAUACUAUUUCUCACACAUAGAUAUCUUUUAAACUGUACAGUGUGUACUCGUCAAUGCCACUGUGUGAAACUCAUCAUGACUAUUUGGAAAAAAGAUUGCAUUAAUUUUUGUUUGCUGGUUUUGUGAUUUUAGAGACCAAACCAAGACAAAAAAACUGAAUUUGCAACAUAUGUGAAUAAAAUUUUUACCACUA